AUGGAAAACAUGGGGGAUUCGAGCAUAGGACCGGGCCAUCCGCAUCUCCCCCCCGGGUUUCGGUUUCAUCCAACCGAUGAGGAACUAGUAGUUCAUUACCUCAAGAAGAAAGCUUCUUCUAUUCCACUUCCGGUCUCAAUCAUUGCCGAGAUUGAUCUGUACAAGUUCGAUCCUUGGGAGCUUCCAAGCAAGACGAGUUUUGGAGAGCAAGAGUGGUACUUCUUUAGUCCUAGAGAUCGGAAGUAUCCGAAUGGGGUAAGGCCAAAUCGGGCAGCAACUUCUGGUUACUGGAAAGCCACCGGAACUGAUAAACCGAUAUUUACGUGCAAUAGUCACAAGGUUGGAGUCAAGAAAGCGCUUGUGUUCUACGGCGGAAAACCUCCUAAAGGGAUUAAAACAGAUUGGAUAAUGCAUGAAUACCGCCUCACCGAUGGUAACCUUAGCACCACGGCUAAGCCACCUGACUCAGCCACGACUAGGAAAAACUCACUACGGCUAGACGAUUGGGUUCUAUGUAGGAUCUAUAAGAAGAACAGUUCACAAAGACCAACAAUGGAGAGAGUAUUACUAAGAGAGGAUCUCAUGGAAGGAAUGCUCUCAAAAUCAUCUGCUAAUUCUUCUUCCACGUCUGUGUUAGACAAUAACGACAACAAUAACAAUAACAACAACAACGAAGAGCACUUUUUCGACGGUAUGGUCGUUUCUUCGGACAAACGUUCAUUAUGUGGUCAGUAUCGGAUGGGUAACGAGGCCUCGGGAUCGUCUUCAUUCGGAUCCUUCUUAUCAAGCAAGAGGUUUCAGCAUACGAGUGAUCUCAAUAAUGAAAACUACAAUGUCUCUUUUGUCUCAAUGCUUAGUGAAAUUCCUCAGAGCUCGGGGUUUCAUGGAAAUGGAGUCAUUGACACGACGUCGUCUUUAGCUGAUCAUGGGGUUUUAAGACAGGCGUUUCAGCUUCCUAACAUGAACUGGCACUCAUAA